CGACAAGCACGUGAAUGUGGCAAUAGAUGACGGAUUUUCACUAUGGAUGUGCAGUGUAAUUUAUUAAUAUAAAAAAAUCUUUCACCAUUGAUUUGUCACUAUUUACCGGGAUGGAUGUUUUGCAUAUGUGUAAUUGUUUAUUAUGGCCAUGAGAAUAUCGGGUAUAGUAAAACGUGAGGAUUACCCAGUUGGUUAGAGAGUGUGCUAAUAAGGCCAUGGUCGUGGGUUAGAUCCCUGUACUGGCCAACAUGGUUUUAUUUUAUACAAGAGUAUGCUAGUAAUUGUCAAUCUUUUUUUUUUUAAGUAUAUUGUCUGGUGUUAAAUGGAUCAUAGGAAAUUAACUACUUAUUAAUAUGCGAGGUAUUUUGCUUAAAAUUGUGAUUUCAAAGGACAUGUCCUACCUGCUAAGUCUGUGCCAUUCAGGACUCCAUAGUGUCAGAUCUAUCAUGCCCGAGUUCGUUCAGAGGCUGAUCAGUAAUCAGAGGAUUUAGCAACUGCUUAGAUUUAGCAAACUAAUGUUAGUAGCUAGUGAAGCUAGACGAAUUUGAGGGCACAUCUUUUGCUUGCGUAGAACAUUGUUGAGUAGGGUAGUAAUUUAGCAAUCGGGUGAUACAUAUAACGUUAGCUAAGAUAGCUAGCCUAACGUUGACGUUACAUAGUUAGUAACGUUAGCUGGCUAACUUAGCAUAGCAAUCCACAUCCAUGCAAUGGCAGGAAACGUGAAAGACAAGGAGGCUUAUCAAAGACUGAACUUCCUGUAUCAGGCUGCACACUGUGUUUUGUCUCAAACCCCUGAGAAUGUGGAGUUAGCACGUUUUUACUGCUUCACUCAGAAGACAAUCGCAAAACGUUUGGUACUGAGACAAGACCCCUCAGUGAAAAGAACAUUAUGUAAGAAGUGCUGCUCUUUGAUGGUCCCAGGAGUAACUGCCACAGCCAGACAGAGAAGGACUAAGCACAGAAACCGCAUGACUGUGCUGCGAUGUCUUCGCUGUGGGCAGUGCAAGAGGUUCCUAAACAAUCCGGAGCAUCGCCUGUGGGUGGACCAGCCUGAGGCUCAGCUGGAGAACCAAUCACAGCCAAGUGAUUUUUACCCUGGAACAACUCCACUACAUUGCAAACAAGGUCCCUCCACUAAAGAUUUGAAGGAGAAAGCAGAUGGACCCAUAUCGCAGAUAUCCUCCACAGGGCCUUCCUCUACCCAGCACCAGGUGCCUCCAUCCAAGCCCAAAACCUGAGCCCUGUGGUCUCAGUAGCCCAUUCACAACUGGACAUAGCUGCUUUGUGUGGCAUUGACACAUUUUCAACUAUAUCAUAAAUGUUUGAAUAUGAUUAUUAUUAUUAUUUUUUACCAGUGACAACCUGUUACAUCAGUGGUAUGAUGUAACAGGUUGUCAUUGUAAUGGGAGAGGUUGAGUUAGACUAAACAUCAAAUGUAUUUUUAACCAAUCUCAACUUGCUCACAGUGUACAGGAAGUUCAGGAACGACAACCAAUGUUAAAUGUUUUUUUCAUACACAUUUAUUUUUUAUUGAUUUAUUACUUCUGUAAGAACACAGGCGAUAUAUGAGUUGUAACUUGUACUAUCAUAAAUGUACAGAUGCUCUACA